AAAAUUUGAAGGAACUACUACGACUUUGUUUUAUCCCGUAUAAUCUUGGCAAUCAUAUUUGGUUUGCAGUUCAAUACUCUAGAAACCGGAAUUAAAUUGAAUUUACUUGGUUAAACUUGUAUUAGUUGUUGUUAGAAUGAGUGUAUAUCCCCGGACUAAGUUGGUGAACGUGAUAAACUUCUAAAUAGCUUAUGUGUCGAAAAGUGACUUAUCGUAAAAUUUGUUUAGUGUCAGACUUGGACAAAGAAUUGUGAUUCUAAGUUUCUAAUUUUAGUCGUGUCCCUAGUGGGAUUAUUUGGCAAAAUGAUGACCGAAAAUAGAAUUAGUUCAAGUAAUCACGUCGGAAACAGUAUGAGCAGUCAGAAUAAGGGAGAUGUCGAUAAAAGUAUCGAUGACAUUGGUUGGAAAUCAAAAUUAAAAAUACCCCCGAAAGACAGGAGAAUAAAGACUAGUGAUGUAACAGACACAAGAGGAAAUGAGUUUGAAGAGUUUUGCCUAAAACGAGAGCUAUUGAUGGGCAUUUUUGAGAAGGGAUGGGAAAAGCCUUCCCCCAUACAAGAGGCUUCCAUUCCUAUUGCACUUAGUGGUAAAGAUGUCCUUGCAAGAGCUAAAAACGGUACUGGCAAAACUGGCGCUUAUUGUAUUCCAGUUUUAGAACAGGUCGAUCCCAAAAAAGAUGCUAUCCAAGCUUUAAUUGUGGUACCAACUAGGGAGUUAGCGCUCCAGACAUCACAAAUUUGCAUUGAACUGGCAAAGCACACAGAUAUUCGUGUAAUGGUUACUACAGGAGGUACUAAUCUCCGGGAUGAUAUUAUGCGUAUUUAUCAAAAUGUUCAAGUAAUAAUUGCUACGCCAGGUCGUAUGAUUGAUCUCAUGGAUAAACAAGUUGCCAAGAUGGACCAGUGCAGGAUGCUGGUUCUUGAUGAGGCAGACAAACUUCUUUCUCAAGACUUCAAAGGAAUGCUGGAUAUGGUUAUUUCACGAUUACCCAAAGAACGCCAGAUCUUGCUGUUCUCUGCCACUUUCCCACUGAGUGUUAAACAAUUCAUGGAAAAACACUUAAGAGAGCCGUAUGAGAUUAAUCUCAUGGAAGAACUAACACUGAAAGGAGUUACACAGUACUAUGCAUUUGUACAAGAAAGACAAAAAGUGCAUUGUUUAAAUACACUUUUUUCAAAGUUGCAAAUAAACCAGUCUAUAAUAUUUUGUAAUUCAACUCAACGUGUGGAGCUGCUUGCAAAGAAAAUAACUGAGUUAGGUUACUGCUGUUAUUAUAUUCACGCGCGUAUGGCGCAGGCGCACCGUAAUCGCGUAUUCCACGAUUUCCGUGCUGGACUAUGCCGCAAUCUUGUGUGCUCUGAUCUCUUUACUAGAGGUAUAGACGUGCAAGCUGUCAACGUCGUCAUCAAUUUUGAUUUCCCGCGCAUGGCGGAAACCUACCUGCAUCGCAUCGGUCGUUCCGGACGUUUCGGCCACUUGGGUAUCGCCAUCAACCUAAUCACGUACGAAGACCGUUUCGCCCUGCACCGCAUCGAGCAGGAGCUGGGCACGGAGAUCAAGCCGAUCCCGAAGGUGAUCGACCCGGCGCUGUACGUGUCGCGCCCGGACGACGACGACUCGGCCGACAAGUAACGCCGUGCCGCCGUCGCACCGUUUGCGCACAUGCUUGCAGCGCACACCGCAACUAACUGGACUUGCUGACUGGUGAAAGGAACUACAUAGUUUAAAUCUUUAAAAACAAAAAACUUAUUUGUAAAAAAGUGUAAUGAAUUUAUUGUAACAAAAUGUGAGUGUAAAUAGUUUAUUGUGAGUAAGACUUUGACCUGAAAUGGGUUACUUUUUUAAAGUGUAAAUAAACCACACAUCAGGACUUAAACAAAAAGGUAUCUUGCGUACUUUGUCCAUAUUGGAUAUUGUGAGCGAAUUCCUACAUUGUUAAAAUAUAAAAAAUAUUUAUUUGAGCAUCAUCUGUGAGAGUCUACCUAGAUUUGUCCAUCAUCUUACAUAAAUUUUGGUAGACUUUCUGCUGCUAUCAUGGAUACCUACCCACACAUUGUAAGUUUGAGCUAGCACUGGGUUAUUUUUCUGUAAAAAUCAUAAAAUUCUGUGAGGUGGGUAGGUGGUAAGACUAGCUCAAACAGCACUUAUUGUUGAAAGAAGAAACAUUUCAGUGUUUGUAAUGUUGUUUCUGACCGCUUGAAACAAUGUUGGUCAUCAAGCCGUUUUUGGAAAAGUAUGGUCAUUAUGAUACAAAUCCCCAUAGACAGAACAUGACUGAUCUCAAAAUUUGAGUAUAAUCAAGAACAUCAAAUUUCAGUUUUAUUUUAGUCUGGAUGAAGUAUCAUAUUGCCCUAGCUUUGCAGUUGUCUGUUAAAAUACUUUUAAUUUUUUAAUUGUUAAGCGGUUCUUGUCACAGUACUUAGUUAAUUUGCAGCUUGAUAUGAAAAGGCACUGGAGGGUGAUAUGGUCAAAAUAAUAUUCAUAUAACAGUUGAUUUUGACACUUAUAAAAAAAAACUAGCUAUGACUGAUCUAAAAAGAACCAAAUUGCAAAACAAUGUGUUACUGCUAAAAUUUGCUCUCCAGUCCUUACCUGGUAUAAAUAUCAUGUUGAUCUAGAAAACCUAAUACUUGCAUGAAACUGUGACGUUAAAUAAAGUUGGGGAAUGUACCAUUCUGUUACGGCUUGUAGAUAUGGCACAUUUCUCAUACUGGGGAUUUAUUUGUUUUAGAGAGCUUUGUUUUAAUGACAAAACUAAAAUCUGCUCUCAGGGGAUAUAAAACAUUCGGGAUGUCAAGUGAAGAGUUAAUUUGGUUAACAAGUAGAUUACACUUAAACUCGUCGAUUAUUAUUUCGAUCCUUUGGAUUUUAAAGGGCAAACUUUAAUGUUGUACAUAUUAUGUUCUACUGUCAAUUCAUGCACCUUUCUUAUUUUGAUGUUGAGUUUGUAACAUUAUUUUUAAUUAACUGAUCCAUAUUGAUCUACUAGUGAAGUGAGAAUUCAGUAUCAUUUGGUUUCAUAUAUUAUUACAAUUUAACCAAGUACAUUUUAUUUUAUUAGCCUGUUGGAUUAAGAGAAUAUUUUCAUGCAAUUAUAAACAGUCUUGUUACUUGAAAAUUGUUUGGAAAGAUUGCUUUGCUGAUUGUGUUUAGAUGUAAGGGUUGUUUUGGAAUAUGGAAGAGAAAUUCAAUUGAUGUUGGUGGAAAUUGCAUACAAAUGUUGUUAGUCAGGAAAAAUGAUUUUGACAAAAUAUAUCUGUGAUAUAGAUUGAUGUUGGUUUCAUGGUACACCCAGCAACACAGCAAACAUUUAUAGUUAUUAAAAUAUACUGAAUAAUUGGAUAAAAUGAGAGAAUAUAAACAUCUGUGUUGCUGCCCAUGCAUAACUGGAUUAAGAUAGAGUGUGUACCUUCUAACUAUACAUAUAUUUAAUUAUUUAGUCUUCCGAUAAUCUUGAAGUAUGUGUAAAUGUAACUGACCAUUAAAUAUAACGAGAAAUGCAGGUUAAUAAAAUAAAGCAGCAAUAAUGUUAAUGCAAAAGUGGAAACAAAGGACAUUGAUUCAUGGCUCUCUGUAUUGAUGUCUGAUAACAGACUGCAAUACUUGUAAAAGUAAUAUUAUCACUUGUACCGUAAUGACGCUUCAAACCGAUUGUCAAGCUCUCAUGCACACACCGUUUGAUCUCUACUUUUCAGUUUCGUGUGUAGAAAGCAUUGAUUACUAAGCAACAACUUGUUGCUGCGUUUAUGAAACAUGAUGAUAAUACCGUGAACCAAUGUCUACUUCAAAACAACGAUUUUGUGAGCGUAUUAAAAUACACCAGAUUUUUUGAAACCCAAAA